AUGGCGCUGGACAACUACUUUCGCAACAAGAUCGAGAGCAUGAAGCUCGAAAUCAUCAAGGGCCAAGCUGUUUUGCGACGGUUAGAAGCUCAGAGAAAUGAUUACAAUUCGAGAGUGCGGCUAUUGCGGGAGGAAUUGGGGCUUUUGCAGCAGCCUGGAUCGUACGUCGGAGAGGUUGUGAAGGUGAUGUCAACCAAAAAGGUGCUGGUCAAAGUCCAUCCAGAGGGCAAAUAUGUCGUCGACGUUGCCGAUGGCGUUGACAUAGCAAAGCUUACGGUUGGCAAACGAGUGUCCUUGAUGUCCGACUCCUACAAACUAGAGAAGAUGCUACCCUCGUCUGUCGAUCCCCUCGUCUCCCUCAUGAUGGUAGAAAAAGUACCGGACAGCACAUACGACAUGAUCGGAGGUCUCGACCAACAAAUAAAAGAAAUAAAAGAAGUGAUUGAAUUGGGUCUAAAACACCCCGAGCUGUUCGAGUCCCUGGGUAUAGCACAACCGAAAGGUGUUCUCCUGUACGGGCCCCCGGGUACUGGGAAGACACUGUUAGCGAGAGCCGUCGCCCACCACACCGACUGCAAGUUCAUUCGUGUCAGCGGCUCGGAGCUGGUGCAAAAGUACAUCGGUGAGGGCAGCAGGAUGGUCCGAGAGCUCUUCGUCAUGGCUAGGGAGCAUGCCCCCAGCAUCAUUUUUAUGGACGAAAUCGAUAGUAUUGGCUCGAGUCGUGUGGAGGGUAGCAGCGGCGGAGACUCCGAAGUGCAGCGUACCAUGUUGGAGCUCCUCAACCAGCUCGACGGGUUCGAACCGACGAAAAACAUCAAGGUCAUCAUGGCCACGAACAGAUUGGACAUCCUUGAUCCUGCUCUUCUGAGACCUGGUCGUAUUGACAGAAAGAUUGAAUUCCCCCCGCCAAGCGUCGAGGCACGUGCCGACAUCCUUCGAAUCCACUCCCGUUCGAUGAACCUGACUCGUGGGAUCAACUUGACGAAGAUUGCAGAAAAGAUGAAUGGGUGUUCGGGUGCGGAGCUCAAGGGUGUCUGCACAGAGGCAGGAAUGUAUGCACUACGGGAGCGACGUGUCCAUGUUACGCAGGAAGACUUUGACCUCGCGACGGCGAAGAUCCUCAACAAGCACGACGACAAGGAGGUCAGUCUCGGAAAGCUGUGGAAGUAA